GUUGAAUAUACACCACAAACAAGAAUUUACGACAGUAAUUGUUAUAAAAGUUAAAGCCUCUAAUUGAGUUGCAGGAUAAGACGUACGGGUAUCAGCACAUAGAAUACGAAGCGGGCGCUCGACACAGAUAUAGCACAUUUGAGCCCUUUGGUACUUGAGAAGAACCCUACAACAUUGCAAAGGCAAACCACAACUUCAUUUCCAAUACUUUAUACAACCUUUUUAACCCUCUGUACCACAUCUCGACUAGUGGCACCAGGGAAACAGGCGAUUAGUGAUACACACACCUGUGGAUAGAUCUGAUCAAUCUCAAAAACAACCUUUUCAAUUCCUCUAUAAGGACCCCUUGAAGACGGUCUUGUAUAUUCUUUACCCCCCCCUUCUCCCUAGAGUGAGUGUUUGAUACCGCCGUGUGGAAUACAAAACAAAAUCACAUACUGAGUCUAUACGAAUCCACCAUCAUGGACAAACAAAUAUAUUCUGCGACAUACUCGAAUGUUCCGGUAUUCGAGUAUGUGACUAGUGAAGGGUCGGUGAUGCGCAGGAAGCUGGACUCUUGGAUCAAUGCCACUCAUAUUUUGAAGAUUGCACGGUUCCCAAAGGCCAAGAGAACUAGGAUAUUGGAGAAAGAUGUCCAAACAGGUACACAUGUGAAAGUUCAAGGAGGUUACGGGAAAUAUCAGGGAACUUAUGUGCCGUUGGAGUUUGGUGCUGAGAUAGCGAAGAAUUUUGGCAUUUAUGAUAUUUUAAAACCUAUUUUCGAAUUCCAAUACGUUGAAGGAAGAUCACAAACACCCCCACCAGCACCAAAACAUAGCCAUGCAUCUGCCUCGAAUGUUGCCCGGAAACAAGUGGCAGCAGCCGCAGCGGCGGCUGCUGCAACGUCAAGUGGACUGGGAGGUGCUGUAGCAGCCAGAAAGACUAAAAGUAUGCCUGCAGUAUCAAGUGGCGACCCACCAAGGAAGCGUGGAAGACCAAAGAGAGUGGAUACAACAUUGCAAAGUGUUGCCAGUGGUGUGUCACAUAAACCAGCAGUGUUAUCGAGAACGGAUACAGCCCCAAUCAAGGCUGAAAAGGGACCUAGUAUUGGUACUUUCAAUAAUUCUAGAAGCAAUAGUCUGUUGGGAGGUCGAAAUGGUCCUAUUUCAAGACAAGAUACAGAUCAAGAUGCACUCCAAUUGAUGGUCAAUAGCUUGAAUGUUCAAAACGAUGACUUGGAAGUUGCAGAUAAAAGUAGCGACGACGAAAAUCAUAAAAAUGAUAUUCAUAGACAAGUGAUAGUACAACAUGACACAUCGCUUGAUGAUGAUGAAAAUGAUGAAUUAAUGACCGGGAAUGAACUUUUCGGUAGUCCAAGAAAUUCUUUCGAAAAGAUUGUACAAUCUCAUAACAGUCAUAUUAAUGGAGGGGUACCGACCUCUUUUACAUCCCCAAAUGAUCCAUAUGGAUUACUGCAAUAUCAUCAUUCUAUCUCACACAGUAAUAGUUUGGUAGAGCAACCAACUAUCUCGUCUGCGGUCGUAUCUGCCACAAGAACAAGUUCAGCAAUAGAUAAAGAUGCUCAACAAACCAAUGUUUACACCGAGUAUUUUACCACUCUUUUGAAUUUCUUUUUAGAAGAUACUAAUAAUUCCAAAAUACGUACAUUGGCAGCUGCAUCUUCUUCCACUCCAUCCACCAGCUUACAUAGUACAGCUGGCCCAUUACCUUCGUCAAUGACUCACCUUGAAGAUAAUACCAUACCAGAACAUAUCCUUAACCCGCCACAACCACUUGCUAAAAUACGAAUAGAUCAACCGGUUGAUAAUGAUGGGAAUUCUAUUCUCCAUUGGGCUUGUGCCAUGGCUAAUACCAAUAUGAUUGAAUUCCUUUUGGAAAUCUUUCAAGAUUCAUUGAGUGCAACGAUAAAGAAUAACGCUGGCGAAACACCAUUAAUGUUUCUUACCAGAUUUAGUAAUAGUUUCCAAGUGAAAAAUUUUCCCACAUUGUUGGAUUUAUUAUUUGAUUCAAUUCUUUCAUUGGAUAAUAAUGGCAGAACGGUAUUACAUCAUAUUGCUCAAGCAUCUAGUAGCAAUGAAAUCCCUAAAAUUGACUCGAAUCAAACAACAAAUUAUAAGAAGAAUAAAGAAAAGUUUACCAGAUAUUAUAUGGAAACUCUUUUCGCCAAAAUCAUUGAGUUUCAAGAAUAUCAACAGAAUAAUCUGAGAUCUGGUAGAACUGAAUUAAUUGCAAAAGUUAUUAAUCAUCAAGAUAUCAAUGGGAACACCGCAUUUCACAUUGUUGCAUAUAAUUUGAAUAAAAAAUUGAUUAAAGUUUUCAUCAGUUAUCAUAAGUAUAUUGAUUUUACUUUGAAGAAUUUGGUUUCAUAUACAGUGGAGGAAUAUUUAGCAUCUCAUAAUUUUGUGUUGAGGUUAGGAACAAAUGAAAUUAGAGAUUAUAAGGAGAUUGAACAGGGGAAUUCCGAGGCAAUUAGUGGUCCUGGAAAUGGCAAAACACCAAGUUUCGAGAAUCAACUUCAUGUAAGUAAAGCUGCAGUCAAUUCAAUUUCAUCAACUACUGGUCUUCUAAAUGAAAAAUUAGUAGAAUUGGCUUAUUCUAUUGAUAAGGAAUUAUCUGAAAGAGAUAACAAGUUAUUGAUUUAUUAUAAACUUUUAAAUGAUUUAAAGAUGGAGAAAUUGAGUACUCAAAAAUAUAUAUUGAAGUAUUUCAAACUUGAUCAAUUAUUAGAUGAUCCAGAGGAGGAAGCAGCAGCGGUAGCUGGAAGUAACGAUGAAUAUCAUGAUAAGAGAGAUAAGAUAAUCCAAGAUGAAAUCAAUAGAUUGGUGAAUGAUUUAAGUUAUGAAUACUUGAAGAGAAGAGAGGAAUUAGAAGUUAAGAUGAGAAAGUAUAAGAAUAUUAUUGGGGUAAUUCAUAAAGCUAAAAUCUUGAAAUUGAAAGAAGUUGAAGGUGAAUUUGUUAAGGAACAAGUUGAAAUUUUAGAUAGCCCACAAGAAAGAGUGAAGAGGAGUAUUGAAUUGCAACAAGAAAUCAUCAAGAGAAGAAAACUUGAAACUAAGAUGGUUGUACAACAACUGACAGUCCCAGUUCCAGUUAUGGAACAAGAAGAACAAAAGGAAAAUCAAAUACAGCAAGGAGAAAAGGGAACAUCUAUCGUAUCUCGAUAUUCCAAGGAUGACAAACUCAGUAAAUAUUGUAAGCUUAUCUCACUCUGUUGUGGGAUGAACUUCAACGAAGUGGAAAAACUGAUUGAUCUUAUUGAACAAUCUCUUGCCAAAUCUAUGUCUGGAAAUUCCAUGGCAUAGCUAUUGUAUACUAUGUAAUAUACCAAAAAGGCUCUCGAUGGGUUAUAUAAAUAUAUUUGGAGAAUACGGAAAUAAAUAAGACGAG